GAAAAAGCUCCAAAAGCUAAACCCGCAGCCACAGCGACCAAAUCUGCUGCAGCUCACGAGAAAAAAGGCGGAAAAAAGGGAGAGACACUCCUGGCUUUGCAGUGGAAAAAGUCUGAAAACUUUCCGGCCUGGUAUUCGGACGUAAUUGUUCUUUCUGAAAUGAUUUCGUACUACGAUAUUUCGGGUUGUUAUAUUUUACGUCCCUGGAGUUACAAAAUGUGGGAACUCAUCCAGGUUUGGUUCAAUGCCAAAAUAGAAGACAUGGGCGUCGAGAACGCAUACUUUCCGCUCUUUGUAUCCCAGGACCGACUCGAAAAGGAAAAGGAUCACGUGGAGGGGUUCGCCCCGGAAGUUGCUUGGGUCACUCGGUCGGGCGAAGGCGACUUGGCUCGUCCCAUUGCCGUCCGUCCUACUUCCGAAACCAUCAUGUACCCCGCGUACUCGGACUGGAUCAAAUCGCACCGCGAUUUACCCCUCAAACUCAACCAGUGGAGCAACGUGGUGCGGUGGGAAUUCAAGUACCCCACUCCAUUUUUGCGGACCCGCGAAUUUCUGUGGCAAGAAGGACACACGGCGCACGCCACUUUCGAGGACGCGGACGCCACCGUUAUGGAAGCGCUUGAGCUUUACCGCGGGGUGUACGAGGAUUUAUUGGCCGUCCCGGUCGUUCCAGGGUACAAAACGGAAAAGGAAAAGUUCGCCGGUGGCUUCCGCACCACCACGGUGGAAGCCUAUAUUGCCGGCUCUGGCCGUGCCAUUCAAGGUGCCACGUCGCACAAUCUCGGACAGAAUUUUGGAAAAAUGUUUGAAAUCAGUUUCCAGAAUGAAAAGGGCGAAUCGCAAAUUCCUUGGCAAACUUCCUGGGGGCUUACCACCCGUACCAUUGGUGUGAUGGUCAUGGUCCACGGUGACGAUACCGGCUUGGUCCUGCCACCCCGGGUGGCUCCGUUACAGGUCGUCAUUGUUCCCAUUAUAAGUAAAAAGCUGACUCCGGAACAGGCCGAUCCGUAUUGCUUGUCCAUUUUGGCCGAUCUGAAAAAGGCUGGCCUCCGCGCCAAGUACGACGAUCGGUCAGCGUACAAUCCCGGUUGGAAAUACAAUCACUGGGAGCAAAAGGGAGUCCCCGUGCGUAUUGAGGUCGGCCCCCGCGACAUUGAACAAAAGAGCGCUCGGGUAGUCGUGCGGCACAAUAGUGACAAAGAGGACCACCCAGUGGAAGGUUUGGGCAGUCUCCUUCGCAACAUGAUGGACGUGAUUCACGACGCCAUGUUUACCAAGGCCAAGGAUGCGCGCGAUGCACAUGUGGUCCAAGUGACGGACUGGAAGGACUUUGUCCCGAAUUUGGAAAAGAAUAAUCUCGUCUUGACGCCCUGGUGUGGUGGUGAACACCAAGAAUGGGAAGAAACGGUCAAGGAAAAGAGUCGGGCGGAAUCGUUACUGGCCCGUGGCGAAGAAGUGGAAGACGAAAAAACCGCCACCAGUGUUGCGGCCAAGACACUGUGUAUUCCGUUUGCACAGCCGGAGCUACCAGCUGGGACCAAGUGUAUUGCCAGUGGCAUGGAGGCAACUUGUUGGGUGUUGUGGGGACGAUCCUACUAG